CGGCUUCAUCGUCUGUAAGAAAUCGCAGAUGACCAAAACAGCUAACUACCAUAAGACGCUGGUGGAAGAGAGGCCUAUCAGCAUGUCACCGCCUCAUGGUGGUCGUCACAACCUUGGCUUCCAGAGUGACGACCCUCAGCGCACCUGCCCUCGGCCACGACUCGAAGGUGAUCAACACGACCCGAGAGCUGUUAACCAUGACCCGAGAGCUGUUAACUACGACCCUAAGGCUGCUAACUACGACCCGAGAGUUGUUAACCACGACCCGAGAGCUGCUAACUACGACCCUAAGGCUGCUAACUACGACCCUAAGGCUGCUAACUACGACCCUAAGGCUGCUAACUACGACCCUAAGGCUGCUAACUAUACUAAUCGGGACAAACACGACCGUCGGACUCGCCAGCCUCAGCGCCCCCCGAGGGAGAACGGCUACCACUCGGAGUCAUCAAGAUACUACUCCGACAGCGCCCAGAGGGAGGGAGGUCGUACCAAUGACGACCUGAACGACCCUUACUCCCUGGAGCGUCGGAGCCGAAACGUGAAGAGAGUGCCAACAAGAGGCCUGACUAGAGUGGACUAUUAAUGGCAGUUCUCACCCUGUACUCUGGCACCCCUGUACUUGGCACCCCUGUACUCU